CAAUCUAACUUUUUAACCCCAACUCAAUCAUAUUUAUUCAUUAGUACACGAGCUCUCAAAAUCUACAUGUAACUCUUCUUCCUAAUCCAGCUCCGUCUCAUUAAACUUUCUUCCUCCGUGUCCUGAUUCCUCAUCCGGACACUCAGGAGAAUAUCGUCGACAGCCACAUAUAGUCAGAAGUCACAUGAAUCUGCGCACAGGUAUUUAUUUGAUGGCUAAUUGUAGUGGCUUUGAUGGUUGUGCACUUUGUUAAAAGACAACAAAAAGGUGAACAAGUUGGGAUGCAGGCUUGUGACACGACAAGCUGACCUCGUGAGGUCAACCCAGACAGAGGGGAGCUCCUGCCGUCCAAUCGCAGAGCUCCUCCGGUCUCCGAACGUCCGGGUCUUUGGCCAAUCCGGAGGCGCAGCACGGAGUCAGAGGGGACAGCGACCGCAGAUAAAAUAUUCGCCUGCCAUCCAUCCUCUCAAACCACCGCCCAGCCCUCGCAGGACCGUCCGCAGACCUGCGUUUGCCAUUUUUUUUUUCUUCUUCUUCACUUUCUCACCUGAGCUCCCGCCCGCCACUGGGUAGCAGCCAGUCCCCCUGACGGUCUCUGGUGUCUGAUCGUCGGGGCAACCUGUUACUCGAGGAGGCUGCAUCGCGUCUGUAGAGAAGGCGACAUAUCGCAACUAACCCCCCCCCCCCCUCCCCCCCAAAAAAAGAAAGAAAGAAAGAAAAAAAAGAGGUCGCUUCGUCGGACAACAGCGACGAGCGGAGGCAGCACCGUCCACAGUUACCUGACAGAGUCAGGGACCAUGACCGCGCUCGCAGGAGGUUUGCCGAGGAUGAUGAGGCCGACCCCUCACCAGAACUACCCGCGGGGCGGAUACUCCCUGGAAGUCUCCACUCCGCUGGGACAGGGUCGGGUCAACCAGCUCGGCGGGGUCUUCAUCAACGGCAGACCCCUGCCCAACCACAUCCGCCACAAAAUCGUGGAGAUGGCUCAUCACGGCGUCCGGCCGUGCGUCAUCUCCCGUCAGCUGCGGGUGUCCCACGGCUGCGUCUCCAAGAUCCUCUGCCGGUACCAGGAGACGGGCUCCAUCAGGCCGGGGGCCAUCGGAGGCAGCAAGCCCAAGCAAACCGCUACUCCAGAGGUGGACAAGAAGAUCGAGGAGUACAAGACAGAGAACCCGGGCAUGUUCAGCUGGGAGAUCCGAGACAAGUUACUGAAAGACGGGAUCUGCGACAGGAACAACGUCCCCUCAGUGAGCGCCAUCAGUCGCAUCAUGCGCUCCAGGUUCGGCGGAGUCGGGGACGAUGACGAUGACGACGAUGUGGUGAUGAAGAGGGAGAUGCAGGAGAACGAACCGAGGACGAAACACAGCAUCGAUGGCAUCCUGGGCGACAGAUCCAGUCACUCAGACGAGGGCUCCGACGUGGAUUCAGAGCCGGGACUGCCCCUGAAGAGAAAGCAGCGUCGCAGUCGGACAACCUUCACCGCGGAGCAGCUGGAGGAGCUGGAGAGGGCCUUUGAACGCACACACUACCCGGACAUCUACACACGGGAGGAGCUGGCUCAGCGGGCCAAACUGACGGAGGCUCGAGUUCAGGUGUGGUUCAGCAAUAGAAGAGCCCGGUGGAGGAAGCAAGCCGGAGCCAAUCAGCUGAUGGCUUUUAACCACCUCAUCCCCAGUGGUUUCCCUCCGUCUGCUAUGUCAGGCCUGCAGCCCUAUCAGCUGUCCGACAGCCCCUACCCUCCUACCAUAACUCAAGCAUCCGAGCAGCCCAGCACGGUCCACCGACCGCAGCCGCUGCCGCCCACCUCCGUGCACCAGAGUGGGCUCAGCUCGUCAGCAGGCUCUCAGGAUGCAAGCUCUGCGUACUGCCUGUCUUCUGGACGUCAUGGUUUUUCAGGAUACUCAGACGGCUUUGCGGCGCCUGGGCACACCAACGGCGUAAACCCCGCCAUCAGCAACAGCCUCUCGCCACAGGUGAUGGGCCUAUUGAACCCAGGUGGAGUGCCACACCAGUCCCAGGGCGACUUUGCCCUCUCCCCGCUGACCGGAGGCCUGGAGCCGAACGGCGGCAUGGCUGCCAGCUGUCAUGGCUCCCAGCGCCUGGAGACUCUACCAGGCCUGACCAGUAUGCCCACCCUUCCUAGCACCCAGUCUUACUGCCCACCUUCCUACACCUCCCCAGCCUACGCCAUGGACCACCAUCCAUCCUACCAGUAUGGACAGUACAGUCAGAGCAAGGUGCCUUUCAUUAUAUGAAGCCCCCGAACAUGGCCUGAGCAGGAAGGAGGCUUCUCCUGGCUAGUCUGACAUUCAUCUCCAGAGAACACCCCCCUCACUCACUGCCUUUGCCAAUCCUUUCCAGCCCCGAGGACAGCAAGAGAGAAGUUGGGUGGGUACGAGGGUUGAAGUGUUCUCCUUCAGCAAGGAAGGAAACCAAUUGAGAUGGAGGUUAAGUGACGGCGAUGGAGGGGGUGGACUGGAAUAAUUAGGACCAAAGGCGCAGCAUCUCCUGUUACCGGGCACUCGCUUUGCUUAUGCGUCACGUCAUGCUCCAAGGACCCGGCAUGGUUUGUUGUCCACGCUGAAGGAUAAAAAAAGAAGAGGUUUGGGGAGAGGGAAGUAAAUACGUUCAAGAUUCUGUAUUUGGUUAUUGUAAUAAAUGGCAGAGAUGCAAGUUGAGGCGGACUUUGCAAGCCCCCUGUGCUUCUGGGGCCAACUCCACAGGGAAUCGAGGGGUGGAUUCUUAUGGCUGAUGGUAAUCAAAAGGCUGGAUGGUGAUAACGUGUUGUGGUCAGCCACAAUGUUCUCCUAAGGAUCUCUUCAUUACAAUUUCUUCGGGUGAUGAUAUUAACUGUACAUCGAUACGAUUCUUUCAUUGGACUACAGCAGGAAAAACCAACAGGAGGCCGUGAAUGGAGGCCGUGUGGAGUCAGAAUGAAACCACUGCAACCCAAAGAAAGUGCAAUACAUUCAUACCUCAUGUAAUGUAAAUUAACACAGAUCAAAUGUCUCUGAUUUUAUCCUCAAAAUACAUGCUCUCUCUUCUUAUUGUCAUUGGUUUUUGGGUUUGCGUGCAUUGAUCAAUCAGGGGAAAUCAUCAAGCAAUGAAAAACAGCAAAUAUAGUUGUGGUGUCACCAAGCCAAAAAAAAAUUCUCUGCCAGUGAAUACAUUAUUCAGUUUGACAGUUUUUUUUUUGCAUGUAAAUUAGUUUUCAUCAGGAACUUGCGAACAUUAGUUCCAUUUCUUAUUUAUUUAGCAUUCAAAUGUUAUGUCUCGUAUAAGUGCUUAAGUGAGUCUUACACAGUUUUCAUUAUUCAUGUUCUUUCUUUUUGCAUAAUUUCCAUUUACAUCCAUUUAAAAGUGAUUUUGUUGUAAGACGUUUUGUGUACAGUGCAGCACUAUUUACUAUUUAUAAUAAAGUAUCUAAAAUGAA